AUGGAUAUAGAAAAUAAUAUGUCCACAAAAAGAAAACAUGAAGAUGAUGAUGAUUUAGUAACAACAGUAAUUGAAACUAAGAAUGAACAAACAUCAAUAAAAAAACAGAGAAAGCAAAAAAAAAAUGUUCGUUUUGAUGAUGUAACUGUUUAUUAUUUUGCUCGUAGUCAAGGUUUUGUAAGUGUACCAAGUCAAGGAACAAUUACUCUUGGUAUGGUUCCUGAACAUUCACAUGUUGAACAGUAUUCUGUUGCCGAUUUCUCACGUGUUCGUCGUGCAUUACAUAAAUCUAUAUUACGUGAAAGAAAAUUACUUCCACCAUCUUCAACUAUUGAAAGUGAUAAUGAUGAAGAUGAACCUCUUCCAGUUGAUGAUUAUUAUUUUGUUCAACCAAUAGCUACACGACAACGUCGUACAUUAUUAAAACAAGCUGGUCUUGUUAAAAUUGAUACAACGGAAAAACAUGAAUUAACAUUAAUAAGACGUUCACGUGAAGUAUGUGGUUGUUCAUGUACGCGUGAAACAGGUGGUUGUCAACCAUCAACAUGUGAAUGUUAUCUUAAUGGUAUUGCAUGUCAAGUUGAUCGUUUAACAUUUCCAUGUCCAUGUGCUACAAUGCUUUGUAAAAAUCCAUUAGGAAGACUUGAAUUUAAUCAAAAUCGUGUACGAAAUCAUUUUUUUGAAACAAUUACAAGAUUAGAAGCCGAAAAAACUCAAGAACAAAUUGAACAACAAAAUAAUUCAGAUAUUAAUUCUAUUGUAACAUCAAUUUUAUCAUUGAUUAUAUCACAAAUUGAAAUUGAAGAAUAUGAAAUUGCAUCUAUACUACAUUCAGUUAUUUCAUCAGUUGAAGAACCUAUAAGGAUAACAGAAGAAUUUUCAUCAAUUUUACCAAUUGUUCAAUCUUCUAAUAUUAUGUGUAAGCCAUCUUCAUCAAAAGAACAAACAAUUCAGAUACGAACAUGUCAUGGAAAUCUAUCAAAAUCCUCUAUACGACGAAAAACAACGGAUUCUAUAUCAUCACCUACGAUUAUUUCAGCUGAAUUAUCGUAA